CAUUUUUCAUUGCCCACCUCAACCCCACCGCGAAACUCGCGAAUUCCGCCCGCUGCCUCACGACAAAUCCAUCUGCUCCUCCGCAGCACCUCGAGUACGCGCUCCUCUUCGCCGGCCGCAUUUCGAAUCGCGAUAAGGAACCCAACCGUGGGAUUUACCAUCAUGGCCGACUCUGCGACCGACGGCGGCAUCGCCGAAAAAUACAGUCUCCUCCCAAAACUCAUGCCACAUCUCGAUCGCCAGCUCAUCUACCCUCUCCUCAAUUUCCCUGAUGACGAGAAUGUCGAGAAGCCUUUGUCGCAGAAGAAGCUUCUCCUCGAGCUCCUCAAGCCAACCAACAUGACGGAUUUCGUGGGCGAGCUCCACCGUGAAGUGCACGGCUUGAGCGAGGUACCGGACGAGUACAGGCAGAAGCGGGAGCAGGUCUUCAAGAGGAGGGAUCAGUUGGAGGAGGAGACAGCGAAGAUCUCAGGUCUUUUGGAUGACGAAAACGUGGUCACAAACCUCAGGAGUGACAAGGUGCAGAACUUGCAGUACCUGAAGGAGAACCACGGCGUCACUGUGGAGAUGGUGAACCAGCUCUAUGAGCUUGGUCAGUUCAAAUACAGCUAUGGUGAUUACGGCCAUGCCUCAGAGCUUUUGUACCGAUUCCGAGUUUUGUCAACCGAUAACGACAAGACCCACGAGGCAACCUGGGGAAAGCUCGCUUGCGAAAUCCUCUCCGCAAACUGGGAAGAUGCCAUUGAGGAGAUCAACAAGAUCAAGGAGUCCAUCGACACCCGCCUCUUCAACAAUCCUCUCGCCCAACUCCAGCACCGCACUUGGUUGAUCCACUGGUCGCUCUUCCCUCUCUUCAACUACGAACAGGCCCGUGAGACCCUCACCGAGCUUUUCUUCUCCGCCCCAUACAUCAACACUAUCCAGACAAACUGCCCAUGGAUCCUCCGCUACCUCGCCGCCGCUGUCAUCACCGGACGAAACCGCGGAUCUGCCGGUCGCAACACCAGCAGCUACCAGAAGCAAGUCAAGGAUCUUGUUCGUAUCGUCAGACAAGAAGGUUACGAAUACAGCGAUCCCGUGACGGACUUCAUCAAGGCGUUGUACAUCGACUUCGAUUUUGAGGAGGCGCAAAAGAAGCUCAGCGAGACGGAGGAAAUCCUCAGAAAUGACUUCUUCUUGCUCCACUCUGCAGACGCAUUCAUUGAUUCCGCAAGACAUUUGAUCUCCGAGUCUUACUGCAAGAUUCAUCAAAGGAUCGACAUCAAGGACCUCUCUACCCGUCUCGGCCUCUCCCAAGAUGAGGGUGAGAAAUGGAUUGUUAACCUCAUCCGUGACACCCGCGUCGACGCAAAGAUUGACUACCAGGCCGGUACGGUAGUCAUGAACCACCCCCCGCAAUCCGUCUACCAGCAAGUUAUUGAGCGAACGAAGGGUGGCUUCUUCAGGACACAAGUCCUUAGUGCUGCCGUGGCGAAAUGAGUUUAUGACUAGAGUAUUUGGGAGAGUUUCUACUACGCGGUUUAUGCUGCUUCUGGGGAUGAUGUUUGGUCUAGGAGCAAGGAUUCGGUGGAAAUACUUCGAGGAAGUUGAAAAAGGUUUAUGCGGCUAAGGGAUCCCCGGAGAAAAAGAAGGCAUAGUGCAUAUCCAGGCGUCUAAUUACGACUCUCCGAUUUUUCCAGCUCAGAUUUAUAGGCCGGGGGCUCGUGUGGCUUCCUUGGGUGAUGAUGCUGUAUUCAUAGACGCAAAAAUAAGGGCGCCUCUUACAGGAUAGAGUCAGAUGUAGUGGAAGAAUAUUAAGCACAUUUCAAAUCCAAUGAAGGCGCGUUUUGACCUGUCAGCGGUUUCUGGUU